AUGACGAUCAUGCUCUCAACCGCUCCCGCGGAUCGCGACAAAGUUCCAAACCUCGACUCUGGGACCUACAACGCCUGGGUCCCUACCGAUUCCAGUCGGAGCAGCAGCAGUGGGGUUUCCAAUCGAGAUGACGACGAAACAAAGAAGAGAAGCGGAGACAAGAAGCUGGCCAGUGCUUAUUCCGAUUCCACGAACGAGGCCGAAGAAAGUUACGUCUUGGACUUGUACACCGGGACUUCGCUUCCCAGAGUGAUGUUUGAGGUACCAAUGCCAUCAUCUCCGAGUAGCGAUGAACCAGCUCCGAGCGCAGUGGCAACGCCAUCAACCGGCGCGGAUAGUAUGAGAGGUAUACCAGGUUCGAGCAGCGAACUUAUUGACGAUAUAAGCAACAGAGGUCCGGAAGUUUACCUGAAUCUCUACCAUGUGCGUUUAAACAGCGGCCUUGGCUUCUCGGUUUUGAAUCGGUUGGUCAACGCUUUCUCCUCGUCGGCCACCGCACACGAGCCGUUCGGUGUGUACCACGUCGGGGUCGAGCUGUUCGAUAUGGAAUGGCAGUACGCGCACCGCCCGGUGGGAUGUGGGAUUUUUUGCCUGAAGCCGCGAGUAUCUCACCAUCACACGUACUACCGCUCCAUCUACCUCGGGAAGGCGAAAGGUGGUAGCUUCGCCACCAAGAAGGAUGUCAUUGCGAGAAUCAAGCUUUUGCAGAAGAAUUGGCCCGGGCCUGAGUACCACACGAGGACCAAAAAUUGCUUGGACUUUGCCCGAGUUUUGACUGCUGAGUUGGGUGUAGAAGAUUGCCUGGAAAAGCUCGCUGAUUAUGCCCGCUGGUGGCCUUUUUGAACAU